AUGAAUAAUUCCUUUUUAUUUAAUAUUUUAUUUUUUUUAUUUUUUUAUUUGAGUUUGUCAAAUUCGAUUGAAUAUUUUGGAUCAGAUAGACUAGAAAUUGACAAUCUUUAUCAAAUUAAUAAACAUUCUAUUGAUCAUCCACUUAUAGUAGCAAUAGAUUUUGGCAAUUCAAAUUGUGGAAUUUCAUAUUUAACAACACACAAGCAAUCAAUAAUCAUACCCGAUAUUGAUGGAAAUCUAUCAUUACCAUCCUAUGUUAGUUUUAUUAAUAAUACAAUUCUUGUUGGUGAAGAAGCAAAGAAUCUUGUAUUUUCCAAUGGAAACAAUACAAUAUUUAAUUUAAAACAUUUGAUUGGUAAAAAAUUUUCAAAGAUUGAAGAUAUUGAUAAGUUACCAUUCAAGAUAAUAUCAGAUAAUUUGGACAAUCCAAAAAUUUCAGUUACAGUAAAUGGUACAGAGAAACUUUAUUCACCAGAAGAAAUUCUUUCAUUUAUUUUCAAUAAGCUGAAGAGAAAUUCUGAAACAUAUUUAGGUGUACCAGUUACAAAAACAAUAAUUAUAUGUCCAUCUUAUUUCGAUAGUUUUCAACGAGAAGCCCUUAAAGAUGCAGCAACAAAAGCAGGAUUCGAAAGUGUGUUUAGAAUAUUCGAUGAAACUAAAGCUAUAGAAUUAGAGUUUAAUAGACGUCUAGAAUUCGAUUCUUCGAUCGAUAGAUAUCAUUUGGUUUUAAAAAUGGGUGGAGAUUCUUUUGAAGCUUCUUUAGUUAGUGUAGAUAGAACAUAUUAUGAGAACUUCAAAGAGUAUCCUAUUGAAAUACUUGAAGCUGAAUCUAUUCGAAUUGGAGGAGAUGAUUUCACUGAAAGUAUUGUUAAAUAUCUUUUGGAUGUUUUCAAAUCAAAAAGUGGUCUUGAUGCGAGUUUUGAUAUGUUGACAAUGGAAAAGUUGAAAUCUGCAUCGGAAAAAGCAAAAAUCGAACUUUCAUUCUCAAAUUCAACAAUCAUUCAAUUCAAUGAUUUCUUUGGUGGAUUCAAUCUCAAUGAAACACUGAGUCGUUCGAAAUUCGAAGAUCUAAACAAUCAUCUCUACCCAAAGUUCAUUCAAUUAAUAUCCAAGUUGAUGAAUGAUUCUUUUUUGAAAACACAAGAGAUUCAUUCAGUUUUGAUGACAGGUGGUUCGACUACGAUGCCAAAGAUAAGAUCAAUUGUAAAAGAAUAUUUCAAUGGUAGAGAAUCAUUGAAUCAUCCAAGACCAAGUAGCGUCAUUUCUAUUGGAGCUUCUCUAUUAACUUCUAUUUUGACAUCUGGUUUUAAUGAUUAUCCAUUUUGCGAACUUUAUUAUGAAUUUCCUAAACAGCCAAUUGGUGUUGAAAUCAAAGGUGGUUUGAUGUCGACUGUCAUUGGUAAAUAUUCUUUUAUUCCGAGUCGGAGAAUAAAACAAUUCUCAACUACUGUAGAUUAUCAAGAAAAGAUAGAGAUAAAAAUAUUACAAGGAGAUAGUCAACUUUCACAAAACAAUACUGAAAUUGGAACAAUAGAAUUGUCUGGUAUUUCACCUGCUCCACGAGGUGUUCCAAUUCAAGUAGUAUUUGAAUUAUGCGCCAACUUGGAUUUGGAAGUUAAAAUUACAGAUCUUUCAAAUGGAAUUACCAACUCGACAGUUAUUCCAAUCGAGAAUGACUAUGGCCAAUUUGAUUUUCAAGAUCAUUAUGAAUUUGAAGAUGAACAAGUCGAGAGAAUCAAACUUUUCAAUUCACUAAAGGACUAUAUCAAUAGUGUCAAGUGUAUGUUGGAAAUCAAUCAAGAUAAUUAUUUUUCAGAGGUGAAAGAAAAUAUUUUCAAAAUCAUAUCAUCAAUGCCAGAUAAUGUAACAUUAUUCCAAAGCUCAAUUAAUGAAAUUCAUUCAAUUCUUGACCCAAUUAUCUCUUCCAUUUACUCUAAAAUCGAUUUUGAAAUGACUCGAAAUAAUUCAGUAGAUAUAAUGUCUGUAAAAAUUUUACACCAACCAACUUUCAACUUUGUAAAUCAAUCAUUGGUAACCAGUAUUGAUGAAAUGGAUACAAAAGUUAAGAUCAAUAAAUAUCGACAACCAACAAAUGUAGAUUUCGUUCAAUUUCCACAGAUUGAAAUUAUUGAUGAAUACAAUCAUCGUUUCCCAUAUAUUUAUUUAUAUAAUGAAGAGAUUCAAUUAUCAGAUAAAAUAGAUUACAUCCCAUUUUCACUUGGUAUUGGAACAGAACGAGGAGAUUUUAUUCAAGUUAUUCCAAAAGAUCUCAAACUUCCUAUUCAGAGAAGUGAAAUAAUAACCAUAACUUCAGAUUAUGAAAGUGUUAUUUCAAUCCCAAUCUAUGAAGGAGAUCCAGAAUUACAUUCAGAUUCCAACAAUCAUUUGGGAACGUUGUAUUUGGGAGGAAUAUAUCCAGCUCCAAAAGGAAUUUCUAAAAUCCAAGUAAUAUUCGAUAUCAAUAUUAAUGGAAGUUUCACAAUCUUUGCAAUUGAUCUUGGAAGUCGAAUUUCAGCAUCUCUUGAUAUUCUUGAAUACAAAGAGCAUUUAAAUAAUGGUUAUAUCAAUGUUGCUUCACAAUUCUUUGAGAGAGUCAAAAUUGGAAAGAAUCUUAGAGAACAUUUAAAUUAUUUAUUAGAAUUGGUCAAUCCUAAUCAACAAAGUGAUAAACUCUUUGACAUAUUGGCCGAAAUUGAAUGGUUAGACGAUAAUUUGUUUUCGGAAACAUUUGAAUUAAUUAAACAAAAAAUAACGAGAUUCAAUCAAAAAUUAGAAAAUCUACACUAUAAAAUAAAAGGUAAUACUAGAUUGAUCGUUAUACAUGAAAGUACUAGAGGCCGAACCAAUAGACAACCUUCAUUCUUUUGCACUUUCUAUAACAUUUAUGUUGAUAUGGAACCUUUUAUAACAUUCGAUGAUAUUAGACUUCAGUUCAAUAAGAAUCAUAAUCAGUUUAGACCGAAUAAUAUAGUGUAUGAAGAUGAUGACAAUACUUUACACAACUUUGAUCCUAUCGAGCAUCUUAGAAUAGAAGAUCAAGAUGAAGAUAAUGAUAAUGAAGAAUAUAGUAAUGAAAGAGAGGAAGAAGAGUUAGAGGAAGAAGAACAAGAAGAAGAUAGCAACACUUCAUCCUCAUCAACAAACAACCCUUUAGUUAGAUCAUCUACAUUAUUAGAGCAUGAUCAUAUAGACAAUAAUAAUGAUGAUAAUAUGGAGAAUAUACACAGCACAACAAGUACAUAUAGAAAUAGUUUAAGUAGGAGAAGUAAAAGUUUAAAUUUAGAUGAUUUAGAUUUAGAAGAUCAUGAUGUAUAUAGUAAUAAUAAUAAUAAUGAGAAUAAAGAUGUACAAAAUAAUAAUAAUAAUAGUGUUAAUGUAGAUAAUAGUGAUGAUAAUGAAAGUGAUAGUAAUAGUACAUCUACUACUACAACCUCUACUUCUACAACAACUAAUACUUCACCAAUAACCAAUUUAAUAAGAGAUACAACUGAUAACGACGAAGAGGAGAUGAGAACAAUGGACGAGAAAGUAGAUGAAUUUGUAUCGUUGAUCAUUCACGAACCGCACACCGGUCUAAUUAUCUAUGAUAACUAUGGAUUCCUAGUGGAACAAGACAUGGUUCAGAUUCAUUUGAUCUACAAAGACAAGUUUGUGCGACAAGAGAAGCAACGCAAACAGCAAUGGUUGGAUUUCAUCGAGGCUAAUCCCGGUGCUUUUCAUCUGUUGUCGCUGUCACAAUCACCAAUGGCAUCGGCAACUACCACCUAUCGUCGUUCCGAACCACCCAAACCACUCAAGGAUAUGAUUCGUCGUGGUGUGCCCACUGACUUUAGAUCUUCGGUAUGGCUACGCUGCAGCGGUGCCUAUCUCCGACUGGCUGCCAACCCAGACGAAUACUAUAACAUCCUCAAAGUCUACCACGGAAAGCAGUCGGUUGCCACCAAACAGAUUGCAAUGGACAUUGACCGUACUUUCCCAGACCACAAAUACCUAAACACACAAGAACACAUGGAAACACUAUCAAGAGUAUUGACUGCCUAUUCUUGGAGAAAUCCUAAAGUAGGAUAUUGUCAAUGUAUGAAUUUUAUUGUUGGAUAUUUAUUAUUACAUAUGAGUGAACAUGAAGCAUAUUGGACUUUGGUAUCUAUUAUUGAAGAUAUAUUACCAAGUGAAUAUUUUACUUCUACUAUGAUCGAUCUGUCUGUGGAUGUUAGAUUUGUUUUUGACGAGAUUUUACAAAAGAAACUACCAAAGCUUCAUAAGCAUUUUACCACUCUCAAUCUAUCGUUGCCUUUGAUCAUGACACAGUGGUUCCUAUGUAUAAUGGCCACUGCAACACCCACUGAAACCACCUUUAGAAUAUGGGACGUGUUUUUCGCUGAGGGUUCAAAGGUUCUCUUUAGAUUUGCCGUCGCACUCUUUAAGAUGAAUGAAGAGAAACUACUAACUUGUAAAGACUACAAUACAUUAUAUAAUUUAAUAAGAAAAAUACCAUCAAUGAUGUAUGAUGCUGAUGCUUUGAUAGAGUAUGCAUUUAAUAAGAUUGGAUCGUUGUCUAUGAAAUUGAUCGAUCAAAAAAGAAAGGAGAGUAAAGUGAUUGUUUUUAAUGAAUAUAUAGAGUUCCAAAUGAUGAGAAAUGGAAUAAGGAAAGAUCAAAAUAAUAGUAAUAAGAACAACAACAACAACAGCAACCAACACAGCCCUAAAAAAUCUCCUACACUUUUAUCAAAGAAAAAAACAACAACUCACAAAGAAGCAUGA